AUGUUGGUGAUUGGCAUCGUAUUGAACGCUCUGUCGACCAUAGCUUUCGGAUAUUUGACGUAUAUCGAUGAAAGAAACAUAUUCUUGCUGUUAUCGCUGUGCCUUAGGGUGUUGGAGUCUUUGGGAGCUACAGGAGCUAUGGUCGCCGCGUUCUCGCUGACGGCUGUCUCUUUUCCCGAAUCAGUUGCCAGCACUUUCUCCGCUCUUGAAGUAUGUUACGGAAUAGGAUAUAUCGUCGGACCAACUCUCGGCGCUUUGCUGUUCGAGGUUGGUGGAUUUUCACUGCCGUUUGUGGUCAUGGGCUUCAUCACACUUGGAACGUCGUUCCUGGUGUGCAUUUUAAUGAAACAAGACGUGCCCAGUCCGAACAAGGCUAAAACAAAAGUAACACACCUCAUGAGGGUCCCUACAGUACUCGUUAAUUCUAUCGCAACACUGAUAACAGCCACAGCCAUGGGAUACUAUUCAGCCACGUUGGAGCCACACAUUCGAGGGUUUGGACUUUCAUCGGUAGAAGUUGGGUUCAUGUUCAUCAUCAGCGGUGGAACAUACGCACUGAUAGUGCCCGUCGUCGGAUACGUUUACGACACCGGAUUGAAUCCCAAAAAAAUUAUGAUCAUCGGCACAAUCCUGACCGUCGUCAGCUUCUCAAUGGUCGGGCCGGCGCCGUUCAUGCCGAUAGAAAAAUCCAUGCUGUGGGUGGUCAUUGGAUUGGUCAUACAAGGAAUCGCGUUGGGCAUGAUCUGCGUACCCACUUUCGUAGAUUCCAUGACCGCUGCCUUCCAAAGCGGUUUUCCAAACGACAUACACACUUACGGACUGUUCUCCGGUAUCUGGACAUCGUCGUUCGCCCUAGGUGCAUUUUUGGGCCCGUCGAUAGCUGGCGUUCUGUACGACAUGGUCGGGUUUGAAAACGGAACGUACUUUGAGAUUUCGUUGCACGUCGUGUUGGGUGUCAUGCUGACGUUUUUCGUGUGCCUGGAACAGCGGCCUUCCGACAAGUCCGUGGUGAACGGCAUUAGUGACUCGACCGUCGGGUUCACGGGCCACGCGGACGCGGUCGACCCGACCAGCGCGGCGCCGGUGCCGGGUGCCGCCAUGAGGUCUCCCAUCUACACCAUCGACGGACCGUGA